AUGGCUACUCUGCACUAUCUCCCUUCCGUGAAACCCUCGGCUAUUGCGAUGGGUACCGUCUUCACCCACACUGCUUCUCUGGGAAUUUUGGCUCCUGUCUUCGGCGAUACAUAUCACCGUGCCCAGGCAGCCAAUUCGAAGGAGGACUUUAUCAAAUCCAAAGAGGCCGCUAGUGCCGCGACUGCGUGGGGUAGUUCUCUGGUCGGAAGCGCUGUGCAGACCUAUGGAGUUGCUGCUUUGAUUAAUGCAACGGGUACCCUUAGCUACAAGGGGGCAGCCUACCUUGGAAGCUUGAUCUUUUUUGCCAGUUCGGCCCCCAGUUUCGUCAGCCAGGUAUUUACUGAGAAGAGACCUCUCGACACUGUUGCUGUAGGUGCUGUCGCAAGAGUGUUCGAGACAGUUGGUCUGAGUUUGUUCCUCACCUGGUGGGGUACACGCACAAACCCUUUUGAUUAG